CAUUAAAAAAAGAGACAGCUAGUGGUUGCCCGGGAGGGGUGGCGGGGGCCGUGCCCGGAAAUAAUCUCUAUUCUCAGUCACCGGGAAUUGGCGAGGUAUCCUCUACGGUGGAGAGACUUGGAAUGGCCAAAUAUCAAGGUGAAGUUCAAAGUUUGAAAUUGGAUGAUGAUUCAGUCAUAGAAGGAGUAAGUGACCAAGUGCUUGUGGCAGUUGUGGUCAGUUUCGCUUUGAUUGCUACCCUGGUAUAUGCACUUUUCAGAAAUGCACAUCAGAACAUUCACCCAGAAAACCAAGAGCUAGUAAGGGUGCUUCGGGAGCAACUUCAAACAGAACAGGAUGCCCCUGCUGCUGCUCGACAGCAGUUCUACACUGACAUGUACUGUCCAAUCUGUUUACAUCAAGCCGCCUUCCCUGUUGAAACAAACUGUGGGCAUCUUUUUUGUGGUACCUGCAUUAUUGCAUACUGGCGAUAUGGUUCCUGGCUUGGGGCAAUCAGUUGUCCAAUCUGUAGACAAACGGUGACUUUACUGCUAACAGUAUUUGGUGAAAAUGACCAAUCUCAGGAUGUUGUAUCAUUGCGCCAGGAUAUUAAUGAUUAUAACCGGAGAUUCUCAGGGCAGCCCAGAUCUAUUAUGGAAAGAAUUAUGGAUCUACCCACUUUACUGAGGCAUGCAUUCAGGGAAAUGUUUUCAGUCGGGGGCCUUUUCUGGAUGUUCCGCAUCAGGAUAAUACUUUGUUUAAUGGGAGCUUUUUUCUAUCUUAUAUCACCUCUAGAUUUUGUACCUGAAGCCCUGUUUGGAAUUCUAGGCUUUCUAGAUGAUUUCUUUGUUAUCUUUUUGUUGCUCAUCUACAUCUCUAUUAUGUAUCGAGAAGUGAUAACACAGAGGCUAAACAGGUGAAAAAAUGUGUUUACUAAAAAUAUGUGUGAAACCAGACAGAAGGGCCCAUGGCAGUAUACAGUAUUUGAAUAUUAUUGUACAAGCUUAAAACCAUGUAUGACAAACAUUUGAUUUCAUUUGGCAAAUGCCUACCAAGAUAUGACUGGAAUUUUUACGUUACAGGUUCUAAUAUUAAGGAUAGAAUUAUAAUAAUUUACAAUUAUAUCUUGAUUCUGUGUUGUCUAUAAAGUCUCUGGAAAAAAACAUAGAAUUAUAUAAAAAGGGAUGAUUUUAUAUCUUUCUUUUUCCAAAAAUUAGAUUAAUUGGAUGUAUAGUAAGAUAUUGUUUUACAGUUUAUCCAAUUUCUCCUCAGUGUGUACCUAUAUGAUAAUAAAUUGCUAUGAGAUGCAUCUAAUUAUUUUUGUUACAAUAAAAUGUUGUACAAUA